AACCACUUGGCCACCAAUUUGGGACCCAACGCCAUUUCCGGUAAAGGAACACGUGAAGAGAAAAACUUUAUUUAUCGCAACAAUUAUGUCAGAGAGUGACUAUUCUUCCGAACAGGAAAGCGCUGAUUCUGAUACAGAGCUCCAGUUAGCUUUUGCAGAGGGAAGAUUAUCCGAUGGCUUGAAUGUCCAACUAGUAGCACCAAAAACAUUCACAAAUCAUGUGGAAGGCUUAAAAGCAAAGCUGGCAGAGCUUAAGAAUGGCCUGGGUUGGCUGGAGAGACUUGACCUGACCAAUGAGCCAGCACCUGCUCAACCAGGCACAGAUAUGGUGGGAGAUGAAGACAUUCACGAUGACUUCAAGAGAGAGUUAACAUUUUACCGACAAGCCCAAGCCACUGUUCUACAAGGUAUUCAACAGCUUCAAAAACUUGGAGUGAAAACAAAACGACCUGAGGACUAUUUUGCACAAAUGGCUAAAUCUGAUGAUCAUAUGAAAAUGGUGAGACAAAAAUUACUGGAAAAACAGGUUUCCAUGGAAAUGUCUGAAAAAGCAAAGAAAAUGAGAGAGUUACGCAAAUACGGUAAAAAGGUUCAACAUGAAGUCUUACAGAAACGACAGAAGGAAAAGAGGGAGAUGAUGGAUGCUGUCAAAAAAUACAGAAAAGGACAGAAAGAUAAGCUGGACUUCCUCGACGACAAAGGGCCCCCAAAUAAGAAACAGAAAACUGGACAAAAGCAGGAGUUCCAUGUCAACAAAAAAAGGGAAUUUAAAAAUCAGAAGUUUGGCUUUGGGGGUCAGAAGAAGAGAUCAAAGAUGAACACUGCUAAAAGUUCAGCUGACAUGUCAGACUUCAACCCCAGUGUACACCAAACGAAACACAGCUACAAGUCAGGAGGAAAGAAAUCAAAUGCAAAAAAAAAGGGACCAGCUAAGAGGCCUGGAAAGUCAAAGAGGCAGAAUAUGAAAAGCCGAAAGCGCUGAAUCAUGUUAUUGUGUAAAUAAAUGUAAAAUGUUGAAAUUCAA